AACCAGAAUUUCAAUGAAUUUCUUGAAUUUCAAUAGAAUUGACCCCCAAAUGAUCUGUUCCUUUCCCCUAUAGGACCCCAUGAUAGAGCCAGCCCUGACCAACAUCAGAUGGAGUCUGAAGAAGAAAAACCACCAGAGGUUCAUCAACCCACAGCUGAAGAGACAGAACACCAACGCCAUGUCCCACAGGUACUGUACCCUACGUCCCACUUGAUUCAACCCCUGAACACCACUUUAACACGCUCUCUCUCAUAAUACAAUUACUUUUCUGAAAGAGAGCUGCAGCUCUCCCAAGGUAACUCAAAGUGUGUGUGUUCGUACGUCUGUGUGUCUGUGUGUGUGUUUCCAGAAAGAGGACCGAGAUCCCAGAGGACCAGAAGAAACCGGAGGACCAGAACUCCCGGGCCUACACGGCCUGGCUGCAGUGGUGGAAGACUGACCUCUCAGUGGAGGACUACCUCCGAUACAUCACCGAUCAGGUCAGAGGUCACACAUUCUGUAGUUACAGGAAGCAAAUAGAAGAAGACAUUCUAAUUAAUAGAAGGCAGUAAAUGCAUAAAAUCGAUUGAGUAACUAGAAGAAAAUCAACCAGUUUUGUGUGCAAAUAAAUCUCAAUAGACUUUUGAAAUGGACCAUAGGUUAUGCAUGUACAUUUUAGACAGGGCUUGACUUAUUUCUCGUGUUUUAUUGUUGUUGUUUUUUAGCAGUUCUACUUUUUUGUAUUGAAUACUGUGCCAUGUUGGGUAGGGGUUGAAAGUUAAGCAUUUCACUGUAAUUGAGCAUUACAAAUAAAACGUGAAACUUAAAAUAGGUGCCGGUACUCAUUUAGGGCUUGAGUACUGUUCAUAUUUAGGUGCCGGAACUUCGCAAUAUUUUCAGUCAUUAUUCUAUGAGGUGCCGGACAACAAGCAGUAGAAAAGUCAAGGUGCCAGUACUCAGUACCAGUGUUUUUCCGGGCCCAAUUCAAGCACUGGAUACAUGUCCAGUUAUUUACAUGUCCAGUUAUGUACAUGUCCAGAUAUUUUAGUGGUAUCAGAGAGUGAUUGACUAGGACUGUGUCUGUGUAGGACUCUGACUACCUGUGGGCGGCGUUCCACCUGUACGACAGUGGCGAUAGUGACGAUGAGGAGGACGAGAGGAGAAGGCUGCUCCAGCUACGACGAGACGAGAGGAAGAAGUCUGUCGGUCUUACUGUCUGUCUGUCUGUCUUACUGUCUGUCUGUCUGUCUGUCUGUCUGUCUGUCUGUCUUACUGUCUGUCGGUCUUACUGUCUGUCUUACUGUCUGUCGGUCUUACUGUCUGUCGGUCUUACUGUCUGUCUGUCUUACUGUCUGUCUUACUGUCUGUCUGUCUGUCUGUCUGUCUGUCUGUCUAUCUGUCUUACUGUCUGUCUGUCUUACUGUCUGUCUUACUGUCUAUCUGUCUUACUGUCUGUCUUACUUUCUAUCUGUCUUACUGUCUGUCUGUCUUACUGUCUAUCUGUCUUACUGUCUGUCUGUCUGCCCCACUAUUUUCCUUCUUUUUUCCUCUUUUUUUUUUGUCAUCAUGUUUUUUACAUUAUGGGGACUGCGAGCAGCUAACAAAUCAGUGUGUGUGUGUGUGGACAGGAGGCGGAGGCAGAAGAUGGAGGCUCUAAAGGGUCAGAAGCAGGAGUACGUGACAGGGCUGUGGAACGUCAACGCGGUGCUGCUGGGGGGGCUGUGGAAGGAACCCGAACUGGAGGGUAACACACACACAGGCACAUGCACGUGCACACACACAAACGCACAUACGCACACACACACACUGUGACUAUUGACCAUAGUAAUGUAGUGAGUCAUUCAAAAGAAGGAUGUUCCAGUCAAGGAUUGUGAAAUAAAAGGUUUAAAAAACAGUCCUGAUUUAGUAGGUAAUGUCGUGGCUGUCAUGGAAACAUGACACUUUGGCUUUGUGACACAUUGGUAUUAAACCUGUUUCAUAGCCUAUUGUUUGUUUAUAGACUAAUAGGUAACCUAUUGUCUGUUGAUUUUUUACAGAGGAGGAAGAGAGCCCAGAUGAAGAAAUCACCAGCCCUAAACAGGUGUGUGUAUGUGUGUGUCUUAGUACACAGAUGAUUUUGAAAGUAUUAUUUGUCUUUUGUGAAGACGUGGCACUGGCCAGCUGGCCAAAUCCAGUAAAUGGAUACUAUAAAUGUACUGUAAAUAAUAAUAAUAUGCCAUUUAGCAGACGCUUUUAUCCAAAGCGACUUACAGUCAUGUGUGCAUACAUUUUUUUGUGUAUGGGUGGUCCCGGGGAUCGAACCCACUACCCUGGCGUUACAAGCGCCGUGCUCUACCAGCUGAGCUACAGAGGACCACAUACUAUAAAUGUACUGUAAAUGGAUACUAUAAAUGUCAUGUAAACGGAUACUAUACAGUAAAUGUCACGUAAAUAGAUAUACAGCCAUUGUAAUACAGUCAGGUUUUAUGUGUCAUAUAGACUGGGAGCCUUCGAUCUGGGUAGUUCCCAUCAUCUCUCCUUCCUUGUCCCAUUCCAUCAUCUCUCCUUCCUUGUCCCAUUCCAUCAUCUCUCCUUCCUUGUCCCAUUCCAUCAUCUCUACUACCUUGUCCCAUUCUAUCAUCUCUACUUCCUUGUCCCAUUAAAUAGUAGGAACUAACCAGGAUGUCACCAAGGUCUUCAUUUUCUGUUUUCCCCAUAUUUUUUUUAUUGAGCAGCCCUCUUGGCCAGGUUUCCCUACUAAAGGAAGUAUUCUGACCUCAAUGGGACUUCCUGGAUGAAUAAAGAUUAAAUAAAGAAUUCAUUAUUUAUUUUUUAAAUAGUGGUCAAUUCACCAAUUCAUGCAUGGUAAAUUGGUUGAAUUGAAAUGAGUUGAAUUGACCCAAUCCUAGUACUCCAUGUCUGUAAGAAGGCCCAAUUCCAAAUGAAACUCUAGCCCCUACCCCUAGAGUUUUGGAAUGGGAAGGAAAGGUAUUACUUAGCAACAUGGUAACAUCACCACAUAGCCCUAAGGCCUCUGCUAUUUUAGUGGAAAUAUUUCCCAUAUUUCUUACAGCUCAAUUCCUUCAGAUCUACGCAAAGACUCAUAACGGUUCGGGGCUGAUUGGGCCCCGUUCCAAAUCAAACUCUAGCUCCUACCCCUAGAGACUUUAUGUAGACUUGAAUUGAAUAGGCCUUAACAAUAUGGAUACUAUUUCCCCCAAAACUGUUUAUUUUACUAACUGUCCUCGCUCCCUGUCAGAAGGUCUAUAGGAGGACAGUGACUGUGGGGAGCAGGCUGGAGAGGAUCUGGACACUCCUCUGCCUGCCCGACGCCCACAGACUGGACAUGGCCAUCAAGUACAGCUCCCACGCACACAGGGACCAGCUGGAGAAGGUGUGCACAGUACACUGACACACACGCAUACGAUAACAAAUACAUACAAGUGAAUGCACACUCACUGUACAAGUAUCAUGCCACCAUCUAUAGCAGGGCUGUCUAAUUCUGGUCCUGGAGGGCCGAAACACUUCUGGUUUGUGUUUCUACCUGGUAGUUAAUUGCACUCACCUGGUGUCCCAGGUCUGAAUUAGUCCCUGAAUAGAAGGAGAGGAUGAAAACCAGAAGUGUUUGGACCCUCCAGGACCCACAUUGAACAGCCCUGAUAGAGGUUAGUAGAGAUGGUGGCAUGAUACUUGAUGCUGUGCUCAUAUUACCUUACCAUAUCACCAUAGAGACAGAGCUCACCAUAUCACCAUAGAGACAGAGAUCACAUAUUACCAUAGAGACAGCUCACCAUAAACCACAGACACAGAGCUCACCAUAUCACCAUAGACACAGAGCUCACCAUAUACUAGCAAAAUCUCUUCCAUACCUGGAACAGAAUUGUGUGAAUGUGUGUGUGUAUUCAUAUAUUUACAUUUACAUUUACGUCAUUUAGCAGACGCUCUUAUCCAGAGCGACUUACAAAUUGGUGCAUUCACCUUAUAGCCAGUGGGAUAAUCACUUUCCAAUGUUUUUUUUUGUUGUUUUUUUAGGGGGGGGGGGGGGGGUAGAAGGAUUACUUUAUCCUAUCCCAGGUAUUCCUUAAAGAGGUGGGGUUUCAAAUGUCUCCGGAAGGUGGUGAGUGACUCCGCUGUCCUGGCGUCGUGAGGGAGCUUGUUCCACCAUUGGGGUGCCAGAGCAGCGAACAGUUUUGACUGGGCUGAGCGGGAACUAUGCUUCCGCAGAGGAAGGGGAGCCAGCAGGCCAGAGGUGGAUGAACGCAAUGCCCUCGUUUGGGUGAGGGACUGAUCAAGCCUGAAGUACGGAGGUGCCGUUCCCCUCACAGCUCCAUAGGCAAGCACCAUGGUCUUGUAACAGAUGCGAGCUUCAACUGGAAGCCAGUGGAGUGUGCGGAGGAGCGGGGUGACGUGAGAUAACUUGGGAAGGUUGAACACCAGGCGGGCUGCGGCAUUCUGGAUGAGUUGUAGGGGUUUAAUGGCACAGGCAGGGAGCUCAGCCAACAGCGAGUUGCAGUAAUCCAGACGGGAGAUGACAUCCGUGUAUGUGUGUGUAUUUCUACAUCCGCGUGUGUGUUUCUACAUCUGUGUGUGUGUGUGUGUGUGUGUGUGUGUGUGUGUAUUUCUACAUCCGUGUGUGUGUGUGUGUGUAUUUCUACAUCCGUGUGUGUGUGUGUGUAUUUCUACAUCUGUGUGUGUGUAUGUGUGUUUCCUCCCAGGCCACAGCAGCAUGGGAGCGCGCUGCCCGUCUCAUCCAGCAGAGGGAGUCUGUGCUGGCUCGUCUGGAGCUGUUUGAGAGGGAGGCUUCUGACCCCAACCGCUUCUUCCUGCAAGGUACUGCAUAAGAUAUAUCUGCUCUGGGGUGAAGUUUCCCCUCUGUGCAGAUAUAGGAUCAGCUGUACCUCCUACCAAACCCUAACCUUAACCAUUAGUGGGGGAAAUGCAAAACAGACCCAAGAUCAGCGUCUAGGGGAAAGUUCACUCUACUCUGACAUCCCUUACAUCUCCUUACCAUAGGAGGCUCCUGAGGGGAGGACGGCUCAUAAUAAUGGCCAGAACGGAGCCAAUGGAAUGGCAUCAAACACCUGGAACCAUGUGAUUGAUGUAUUUGAUACCAUUCCCCCUAUUCCGCUCCAGCCAUUACCACGAGCCCGUCCUCUCCAAUUAAGGUGACGCCAACCUCCUGUGCUCCUUACAAUAUUAUAACAUAUUGCUUUUACAGCAUAUUGUAUUGGAUGAUAUAUUGUAAGUUGUUAAAUAUAUCAUCAUAUUAUUAUUGUUAUAAAUAAAAGGCAGUUCAUGAAAUAUCUAAUGCCAGAGUACACCCUACUGGACAAAAAAAUGAAAGCACCUGGUAUUCCCAGGCAGUCUCCUAUCCAAGUACUAACAGGCCCAACCCUGUUUAGCUUCCGUGAUCGGGCGUAUUCAGGCUAGUAUGGUUGAAAGGUGAAGGAACAUAUAUAAAGUACACUAUAUAAAGUGUCUCUCGCUCUAUCUUUGUCUCUUUUUUUCAUUCUAUCUUUCUUUCCUUCCUUCCUUCCUCUCUCUCACUUUCUUUUUCUUUAUCUUUCUUUCUUUCCUUCCUUCCUCUCUCUUUCUUUUCAUUCUUUCAUACCCCUCUCUCUCUCUCACUCUUCUUUUUCUUUCUCAGGCUACCGGGGCACCUCUCUAG